AUGACAGCAACGCGCCUGAUCGGAAUCCCACUUAUGCGACUGGUCAAAAUGUCGUAUCAGGAACCCUCUGGCUCCAUCCGCGGCGCACACACUAAGGAACCUCCAAGCUCGAAACACGAGACUAUUGAUUGUGAGCUUGCAACCAGCUCCCUCUGA